AUGAUUCUCACUCGCGGUUUUCUCGGUGCCCUGUUUUCCUCGUCGGCACUGGGUCAAGUUCAUCAUUUUUACUCCGGAGUUUUCACCGGAAGUUCAUUGUAUGGAGUUGAAUUCAACGAGGCGUCUUCUCAGUUGAGCUUCAUUUACAAUGGAACUCUUGAUAUCUCAAGUUCCAAGUGGAUAGCCACGGAUAAGAGCAACAGAAACAUCUACAUUGCAAACGACAAUACCUACGAAAGUUAUGGGAUUGGCAACAAUGUCAAUUAUAUCGUUGCAUCAAAUGCUGAGCCAUUCACUGUUUUUGGUGCACCCUAUUCAACGGGCUGUCCUGGGCAGGUCAUCAAAGUUGGUUCUUCCGGAACUUUGGAAUCACUGGCAGCCAAUAUCACAUACAGCAGCGACUCCGGGAUCCAUGGACUGGCACUCAGCAGUGAUAACCGGUUUAUUUAUUCUGGCGAUGACAUGGGAAGUUCUAUCUGGACCCAUUCAUACGAUGAAGAAACCACCAGUGUUUCAAAGCUUCAACGACUAAAUGUGACCGGAAACCCAAGGCACCUUGCGGUGUCGCCGCAGGGAUCAUUCAUCUACGUGAUUCUCGAGCAAAACAAUCAGCUUGCUGUUUUCAACCGUGAUAAAACAACGGGCCUUAUCAGUGGAAGAAAUAAGACAUUCUCCCUUCUUCCCUCCGGUAAAACCACCAAUCCCUUAAACCAGACAAGUUUGUUCGAAUGCUCAUUGUUUUCAAUCUCCAAUCCAGGCUACUCCAACAGCUCCCUCUACUGGUCUGAUGAAGUCAUGUUCUCCGUCCCGCAGGAAAAAGGGAAGUACCCCAAAUAUUUGUUCGCCACUGUCCGUUCCAGAACAUCAACCGACCCCGGGUUCGUGGCUGCAUACUCGCUUGAUAGCACCACAGGCACUAUCAGUGAUUUCUUGUUCAUAGUUCCCACAACGGGAUCUGGCGGUGCGUCCAAUUCCAUAACUCCUGCAAUUUUCUCUGAGGAGUUUUUCGCGAUCGCGGAUGCACAGGGGAACUUUAUUGAAGUUUGGAAACUGGGAGAAGGUGCUACUACAGCUACGGUUGUGGCCCAUCUAGAUGUUUCCGAUAGCCCUGCUAAUUUAGUUUGGGUUGAUUGA